GCCGCCGCCGCUGCCGCGAGCUCGAUGCGGACGGAGCUUGGACCGGGCCAUGGGGAUCCUCAGCAUCACGGACCAGCCGCCCCUGGUCCAGGCCAUCUUUAGCCGCGAUGUGGAGGAAGUGCGUUCCCUCCUCUCGCAGAAGGAGAACAUCAAUGUGCUGGACCAAGAGAGGCGAACCCCAUUGCAUGCUGCUGCCUACGUAGGCGAUGUCCCCAUCCUCCAGUUGCUACUGAUGUCAGGUGCUAAUGUCAACGCUAAGGACACACUGUGGCUGACUCCUCUUCAUCGUGCUGCUGCCUCCCGAAAUGAGAAGGUGCUGGGGCUGCUGCUGGCACAUUCAGCUGAUGUGAAUGCCCGGGACAAGCUGUGGCAGACACCAUUGCAUGUGGCUGCUGCCAACCGGGCCACUAAGUGUGCUGAAGCUCUGGCACCCCUGUUGAGCAGCCUUAACGUGGCUGACAGGAGCGGGCGCAGUGCUCUGCACCAUGCAGUGCACAGUGGGCAUCUUGAGACGGUGAACUUGCUCCUCAAUAAGGGAGCCAGCCUGAAUGUGUGUGAUAAAAAGGAGCGGCAACCUCUGCACUGGGCAGCUUUUCUUGGACAUUUGGAGGUCCUCAAACUGCUGGUAGCACGCGGAGCAGAUCUCGGCUGUAAGGACCGCAAAGGCUAUGGGUUACUGCACACUGCUGCGGCCAGUGGCCAGAUUGAAGUGGUGAAGUACUUGCUGCGGAUGGGGGCUGAGAUUGAUGAGCCCAAUGCUUUUGGAAACACAGCUUUGCACAUCGCCUGCUACCUUGGCCAGGAUGCUGUGGCUAUUGAGCUGGUGAAUGCAGGAGCCAAUGUCAACCAGCCAAAUGACAAGGGCUUCACACCACUGCAUGUGGCUGCAGUGUCCACUAACGGCGCUCUUUGCUUGGAGCUAUUGGUCAAUAAUGGGGCUGAUGUCAACUACCAGAGCAAAGAAGGGAAAAGUCCUCUGCACAUGGCUGCAAUCCAUGGUCGUUUCACGCGUUCUCAGAUCCUCAUUCAGAAUGGUAGCGAGAUUGAUUGUGCUGACAAAUUUGGGAACACGCCACUGCAUGUGGCUGCUCGCUAUGGACACGAGCUGCUCAUCAGCACUCUCAUGACCAAUGGCGCGGAUACCGCCCGGCGUGGCAUCCAUGACAUGUUUCCCCUGCACUUAGCUGUUCUCUUUGGAUUCUCUGACUGUUGCCGGAAGCUUCUUUCCUCAGGUCAGCUGUACAGCAUCGUGUCUUCACUCAGCAAUGAGCAUGUGCUUUCUGCUGGGUUUGACAUCAACACACCUGACAACCUUGGCCGCACCUGUCUUCAUGCUGCUGCUUCUGGAGGGAAUGUUGAGUGUCUUAAUUUGCUGUUGAGCAGUGGUGCUGACCUGAGGAGGCGAGACAAAUUUGGAAGGACCCCACUGCACUACGCAGCCGCCAAUGGGAGCUACCAGUGUGCGGUAACACUGGUGACUGCUGGGGCCGGUGUCAAUGAGGCUGACUGUAAAGGCUGCUCUCCCCUCCACUACGCUGCUGCCUCUGACACUUACCGGAGAGCGGAAUCCCAUACUGCUUCCAGCCAUGAUGCUGAAGAGGACGAGCCACUGAAGGAGUCCCGCAGGAAGGAGGCUUUCUUCUGUCUGGAGUUCUUAUUGGAUAAUGGUGCAGAUCCCUCCCUGCGGGACAGGCAGGGCUACACAGCUGUGCACUAUGCAGCCGCCUAUGGCAACAGACAGAACCUGGAACUGCUCUUAGAAAUGUCCUUUAACUGCCUGGAGGAUGUGGAGAGCACCAUUCCAGUCAGCCCUUUGCACUUAGCUGCCUACAAUGGUCACUGUGAAGCCCUGAAGACACUGGCUGAGACGCUGGUGAAUUUGGAUGUAAGGGACCACAAGGGUCGGACCGCGCUCUUCCUGGCCACUGAGCGAGGCUCUACUGAGUGUGUAGAGGUGCUUACAGCUCACGGCGCCUCUGCCCUCAUCAAGGAGCGUAAGCGCAAGUGGACACCCCUACAUGCUGCUGCUGCCUCUGGCCACACUGAUUCCCUGCACUUGCUGAUUGAUAGUGGGGAACGAGCUGACAUCACAGAUGUCAUGGAUGCCUACGGACAAACCCCACUGAUGCUGGCCAUCAUGAAUGGCCAUGUAGACUGUGUUCAUCUGCUGCUAGAGAAAGGAUCCACAGCUGAUGCUGCUGACCUCCGGGGCCGCACUGCUCUCCACCGUGGGGCAGUGACUGGCUGUGAGGACUGCCUGGCCGCCCUGCUGGACCAUGAUGCGUUUGUUCUGUGCCGAGACUUUAAGGGCCGCACACCCAUUCACCUGGCCUCAGCCUGUGGCCAUACUGCAGUGCUGCGGACUCUGCUGCAGGCUGCCCUUUCCACAGACCCCCUGGACGCUGGCGUGGAUUAUAGCGGAUACUCGCCCAUGCACUGGGCCUCCUACACUGGACAUGAAGAUUGUCUGGAGUUGCUACUUGAACAUAGCCCGUUCUCAUACCUGGAAGGAAACCCCUUCACUCCUUUGCACUGUGCAGUAAUUAAUAACCAGGACAGCACCACAGAGAUGCUGCUGGGAGCUCUGGGUGCCAAGAUUGUAAACAGCCGAGAUGCCAAAGGACGGACCCCCCUUCACGCCGCUGCCUUCGCGGACAAUGUCUCUGGGCUCCGGAUGCUGCUGCAGCAUCAGGCCGAGGUCAACGCCACUGACCACACCGGCCGCACUGCACUCAUGACAGCAGCUGAGAAUGGGCAGACUGCUGCUGUGGAAUUUCUGCUGUAUCGAGGGAAGGCAGACCUAACUGUGCUGGAUGAGAACAAGAACACUGCCCUCCACUUGGCUUGUAGCAAGGGCCAUGAGAAAUGUGCCCUCAUGAUACUGGCAGAGACCCAAGACCUUGGCCUUAUCAAUGCUACCAACAGUGCGCUGCAGAUGCCACUCCACAUUGCUGCCCGGAAUGGCCUAGCUUCUGUGGUGCAGGCCCUGCUGAGUCGUGGGGCUACUGUGCUGGCUGUGGAUGAAGAAGGUCACACCCCAGCACUGGCCUGCGCUCCCAACAAAGACGUGGCAGACUGCCUGGCCUUGAUCCUUUCCACCAUGAAGCCUUUCCCACCCAAGGACGCCGUUAGUCCUUUCAGCUUCAGCCUGCUCAAGAACUGCGGCAUUGCAGCUGCCAAGACGGUGGGUGGCUGCGGUGCCCUGCCCCACGGGGCCUCCUGCCCCUACAGCCAGGAGCGGCACGGCGCCAUUGGUUUAGAUGGCUGCUACUCUGAGUAGCUCCCUCCAGUGUCCCUCUUCCCCACCGGUGGCUUGAUAUCUUAUUCUAUUUAUUUAGAAAAAGUCUAAACAUUUAGGGCACUUUAAAGGAGAACACGACUAGGUGGCAAGGCAGAGGGGGAAAGGAAGCCCUGGGGAGCAGCUGCUCACUCCUUUGCCACACCAUCUUGGCCUGGCAGGGGUCUGGGACGGACAGGGAGCACCCCAGGCCCUUGGUACCCCCAGGGCAACCCCUUCUGCCAAGUGUCCCAAAAUGAUUGCUAAAUGCCUGGCUCCCUCUCUCUCUGACUCCAUCUCUCAGUUCCCCCUCUUUUGCUGCCAGCUCCCCCAGCUCUUCCCUCUGACUCUCCUCUCUGUGUCUCCUUCACCUGCUGCCAGGCGAACCCCUCUUCUUCCAUACCCAUCACUGCCUCCCUGCUCGGCCCCUCCAUCCCCGCAGCAGUGAGAAGCCUUAAUUUCUGGUACUGUGUGAGCACUCUGGGGGUGUCCCCUCCCCCUUCAGGGGCAGCUAGAGGACAAGGGGGGAGGGUAUUUAGCACUGGGGCCUGGAGCUUUUUUCCUACUCUGUACCCUAUCACCCCUAAAGUUCAGAUGCAAAACACUUGAAGCAGCAACUACUGUACCUGGGCCCCAAUCCUGCACUCUCCCCUGACUCCUCAUAUGCAAAUCAAGGGCUGGUUUUGCCCCCACAGCCUGCCCCCAUUCCCCCCGGCCUGGCCCCCUUACCACGCACUUUAACCUUGCUCCUUUCUUUUCUUUUAACUUCUUUUGAGAGAGCAGAGCCUGUGGCUAUUCCCUCCCUGGCUCUCCUCCCUGAACUUUGAGGCUUGUCAUGAAUUUUUAAGUAAGCAUUUUAUUCUUUAGGGGAAGAAACAAAUUUAAUUUCCUGCCCAUUUCAAAACCACAGCCCUAGAACAUCCUCCGUGUUUCGGCUUGUGCUGGCAUGUGUGUGGAGGGAGGGACCGCGUCCUUCCUCCUGUUUCCCCAAGUCCCAGAGGUCCUCCGUGUCCCUGUUAGCCUGCACCUCCCGUCAUGUCUGAGAACCCACUGCCCCAGUCACUCCUGAACUGAAGCCAAAGAUGGUGGGAGGGGCAGGGGCAGAGCAGGGAAGCAAGCCGCCUUCCAGCGGGAGGGGCGCUCUGCCAAGGGAGCAGCAGGUAGACCACGAGGCUAGGCCCCGGCCCUCCCGGCACGGGGGAGACAGGAGUGAGUAGGGGCUACACCAGUAAGAUUCCUGGAAGUGCGGAGAAGCCAGACUGGGCUAGAGUGAGGAGGAACAGUGUUCUCUCUAAAUGUAGCAUUGCAUCUGGCCCUGGUCCCUUCAGAUGCCCCGUCCACCCAUCUCUUUUUUGGUAAGCCUCUGCACAGUCAAACUUCCCUUGUAGUCCAGUGUCCCUUCCUCACACACAAUACCUCAGCCAGGGGCCAAGACACAGAACUUGAAUAGAGGUCCUGCCCCUCCACCCCACAGUGUACCCUUGCCCAGUUUGGCUGUCAUCAGUAUUGUCCCCUGAGAACUGGACAGGCUUCGUUUACACAGUACAGGGUCUCCCCUGGGGGAUUCUUUUGCCUCUCUCCCCAACCCAAACUUGCUUUAUUCACGUUUACCUGUUUUUCAUUUAUAUUCCUUGAAUGUCUUGCCCCCCUCCCCUUGCCAAGGGUGAGCUGAGGGGAGAGGAGCAUCCCAGGGACCCCUCCGUCCCCGCAGAUACCCUACACCAUACCUCAUGCUGGCUCUCCGAAGCCUGCGGUGUUUGUCUUUAUCCCUUUCCAUGGUCUCUCUUUAUCUCUCUGUGUCUUGCUGCCCCAACCCCCCCCCAUCCUAAACCAUUUCAAGGCUUCCAAGUGACCAUUAUUGGUAAGAAGGAUUGUGCAGCUUUUCAUUUUUGUUUUUGUUUUCAAAGCCAAAGGGCCUUGCAAUGCCCCUCUUGCCCACUCCCCUUCAUCCCCUGUCCUCCCCUAUAUGACAAUCAAUGUGACCUCUCUUAAGGGCUGCCGCCCCCACCCCGACCCUGCUGGCUCUGCAAAGCUUGCCCCCUAAUUUCAGUUCUCCUAAAAUCUUCCCAUUCCACUCCCUCCCUCUCAUCUUGGUGCUGGGAAUUAGGUGGUAGGGGCACGGGGAACAGGAAAACAAGUCCUCUGGGGAUGACUCCGGGGUGUCAGUCGUGUUCUCCUUUAGCAAUGCUUGGCAGUGACAAAAGGAAUCUGAGUAUUGUCAGGAGCCCCAUUGUUUUGUUUUGCUAGAUGAGAUUUCUGGUGGCUGUCUGUUCCCUGCUGUCCUGGGCACACUGUCAGCAGUGCUGGGAACAUGGCGGGGAGUCCUCUGUCCCUCAUGUGGCUGUGAGGAGACCUGGAGGGCGAGCAGCUUCCUCUCCUAUGCCAAAGGAAAUCCCGCACCCCACCCCUGGAUCCCCGACCCCCUAGUGUCUUUUGAAGCAUUUUGACCAUUCUCAUGGCCACUGCAUAUUUAUUUUAAUGUUAAGGUUUCUUUUUAAAAACCUUUUUGACUUAAACGGGUGUGGAGAAGUAAAACAGGCAGGAUUCCCCCCAAUCUUAAAGGGGUUGGAUGGGGAGGAAGCAUCUCCUUUCUUCCCCUCCCUGUCCCCUUUCCUCUCCCCACCACAGCUCUAAAGCACUUGCUUCAAGUAAUAAGCACUUUUGUGAAAAGGCCUAUUUUAAGUGAGGACCCUGGGAACAGCCCUAGGUCCCAGCAAAGGAGACAGAGCGAGGGCUGCAUAGGAGACAGGGAAACAGAUGUGUGAAUCAGAGGGCGAGAUGAAAAGAGCCAGUGUUUAGUUCCUGAUUUUGGGGGGAUGUUUCUGAUUGGGCGGUGGCUUUGGUAGGGUUGUGUACUAUCCUUCAGAAAAACACAUGGCACAAACUGUGGGUCCUAGGAUGGACCAACAGACCGGGUCACUGCCACUGUCCAACUGAGACUCUGAGACUGAUGGGCCACCUCCCCUACCCCGUGGCCCUCUGAGCCAUAGGACUGCUGAAAACCACUGAAUGUACAGCCCAGGUUGGGGUGGGAGCAGCCCCGAGGGGAGGGGGCUUCUCCUUUUGUUUGGUGCUGUGGGGGGUGGGAGACAUGAGACUGAGGGAAUGCCACCCCAUGUAGACAUGUGUUCCUUGGGGUGAAGGGGCUGAGGAGGGUCUGCCUCCCUCUCCAACCCCAGCCAUGGCCCCUCCUCCUUCCUCACCCCUAUCCGUUUUGACUGUAAGUCCAGCUCACCUUUGCCUUCAAUAUGUAACCAAAGGAAAACUCAA